GAAACGAGAGACCGCGUUACUCCGUUACCUGCAGAGUGUUUGUAGAGGACUAGCGGCACCGCGGCGGGGGAGGACCCAUGAAGCCCGCUGACCGCCGCGAGAAGUGAGGGAGGAAAGUUGUGUCAAGUUUUGUGACACGGAGGUGAAAACUUCGUGCGUCCAUACCGACGGUUAGCAGCUCGGAGACGGGGAAGAUGGCGCGGCGCUGCGGCGGUGCCACGACUCGGUUUCCUGAGGAAAUACAGAAAAAUGCCAGAAAGAUAGCGACGACCGCAGUUUUGUUAUGUUUGAGUCUCCUCUUCCCGUCUGCGGCGGAGGCUGGACUGUACAGCGCUUCUGACCAGGUCGUCUUGUUGACUCCGGGAAAUGUGGAGUCGGUUUUAAUCAACUCCACGGCGGCGAUUUUUGCGGAGUUUUAUGCUUCGUGGUGCGGACACUGUAUCGCCUUUUCUCCCGUCUACAAAAGUCUGGCGAGAGACAUUUCAGAGUGGAAGCCAGCUGUGGACCUGGCAGCUAUUGACUGUGCUGAAGAUGAGAACAGAAAGGUCUGCACGGCCUUUGGCAUCAGAUCGUAUCCAACUAUCAAGUUCUUCCAUGCUUAUUCCAAGCCUGAGUCGAAAGGACAGGCCUUUAAAGCUGCGACUCAUGAUGUGCGGGUCCUCCGUCAGAGGAUCAUCGACAAACUGGAAAGCCAUGAGGAGCCGUGGCCCCCCGCCUGUCCCCCACUGGAGCCCACCAGCCAAACCGAGAUCGACAGCUUCUUUGAGACCAACAACGUUCAAUACCUGGCUCUGAUCUUCGAGGAGACUAAAUCCUACAUCGGCCGAGAGGUAACACUCGACCUGUUACAGUUUGAGACUGUCGCAGUGCGGAGAGUCCUGAGCACUGAGAACGCUCUGGUCACCAAACUGGGAGUGACAGAGUUUCCAUCCUGCUACCUUUACUCUCCUGAAGGCAAUUUCACCAGACUUGAAGUCAACAUUGAGGCUCGUACUUUCUACUCUUACGCCCUCCAGAGGCUGCCGGGAGUGACGCGGUCGGGGAAGCCUCCACCGGUCACCGCAGACGUCCUCGCCAACAACACUCAAGAGCCCUGGAAACCCUUCAACGGGUCCAAGGUGUACAUGGCCGACCUGGAGUCGACGCUGCACUUCUCUCUGCGCGUGGAGCUGGCUGCUCACACUGUCAUCAAAGGAGAAGCCCUGUCUUCUCUCAAUGACUACAUCUCUGUCCUGGCGAAGUAUUUUCCAGGCCGUCCAGUGGUGAUGAACCUUUUGAAGUCUUUAAACGCUCGGCUACAGAACCAGACUGGCGAUGAGAUUUCCUACGAGGCAAUCAGAGAGAUACUGGAUAACUCGGCUCAGUCUGCAGACACAGCCUUGCCUGAAGGAGUGAGAUGGGUGGGCUGCCAGGGUUCACAACCCCACCUUAGACGUUACCCUUGCGGCAUGUGGAUUCUCUUCCAUGUUCUCACUGUCCAGGCCAAGAACUCAGGAGGCACAGAUCCCAGGGAGGUGCUGAGUGCGAUGAGAAAAUAUGUCCACAGCUUCUUUGGCUGCACGCUGUGUGCCGAGCACUUUGAGAUCAUGGCGAGGGAGAGUUUGUCGGAGGUGAACACGUUCUCGUCAGCGGUGCUGUGGCUGUGGUCGAGACACAACCGCGUCAACAACAGACUGGCAGGUGCUUUAAGUGAAGACCCCAACUUCCCAAAGAUCCAGUGGCCUUCCCCAGAAACGUGCCCAGCCUGCCAUUCGGUGAAGGAGAACGGGGAGCACAGGUGGAGCCAGGAGAAGGUUCUUCCCUUCCUCAUGUCCCACUUCUCAUCCAGCAAUAUCCUCCCAGACUACCUCGAGAGCGAAAGCCAGAUCCUGGUGAACCAGAGGGAAAAACAUGCGAGUCAGCAGCGAGCUUUAGAAGCUCAGGAACGUGUGCAGAGGAAGGCCCGGGAGGCCGUGGACUCCAUGACGCAUCCUCCGCCAUCGCAAUCCACUGUGCAGGACGAGGACGAGGAGGAGGAAGAGGAGGAAGAGGGGCCGCAGGAUGAAGAGGAGGAAGGUGGAGACACUGCUGCAGGAGAGGGUAAAACAUCGGAGACGACCCCCUGGGCCAAACCUGAAAUGGAGGUGGGUCGAGGCCGGCGGCAGGCCCGCAGGAAGCCGAGCAUCGUGGCUUUGAGGAUGCGAGAGCUGCAGGAGGACAUCGUGGACCUGGACUCCUUCGUCAACCAGCACUACAAGGCCAAGGCGCUGCAGCUGGCGGCCUCCAGCCGGGUCAAGCGGCGCACCCUGCAGAGGAAAGAGGAGCAGGAUCCGGGGCCCGUGUUUGGGCUCGGCGUGGAGCUGGACGCCGGGCUCGGGAUGGCGGGCCUGCAGCCUGUGGAGGCAGACUUUAUGCUGGACAUGGGGCAGCAGAGGAAGCAGCUGCAGAGGCGAGAACUGACCGGCCAGCACUUCUUUGAGGAGGCCGAGUUGAGCCAAAGGCAACGCUGGAUGUCUGUCCUGAACAUUGGAUUCUCCAAAGUGGACAUCAGCCUGUGUGUCAUCCUUUAUUUCCUUUCCUCCAUGUGUCUUCUGGUCAUGUAUCUUUUCUUCAAAAACCGCCUCAGGCUACGGCGGGAUAAAGUCGCCCUACCCUGAACCUAAGUGUAUCCAAAUUUCAGUCAGCAAGGCUUAGCGUUGGUCCGGUUGGGUUACUGUGGGGCGGUCCUCGGCGGUCCGCUCCACCGGGACCUGCAGCCAAGGCAGCCCUGAAUGUCGUGGGUGUGUCUGAAUGGGGUGGAGGGAAAAGAGAAAAUUAUCAUAAUCUUUUAUUUUCGUUUGAUCAUCAAAUUAAACCCAAUAUGAGAUUAAUUAAAUUUUUUUAUUUGAAUGAAUUAACUGCAACUAAAGCAUUUCUACAAGGUGAUUUUAGUUGCUUUUCUAAAGUCUUGGUCAUUUGUAACAGUUUGAUUUCUUUCUUUUUGAUCUUUUUGAUAAGGCCUCCAAGACCUCCUAAACUUCUUCUGUGUACUGGUGACCAAAAUAUAUAUUUUUAUUUCAGUCACAAUUUUUAUAUUGUACUCGUUAAAAUAUUUGAAUCAUUUAAAUUACUCAAAUAGGUUAAAACAAGUCCUGUUAAAUCUUAAACUACAGAGUAACUGUUUUCCCUCCAAAUAAAUAAAUGAGGUGUAUUUGUUUAAGAUAAUUAAUGAAGUAUUAAAUGAAAUGUCACAGCAUUUCUUUAACAUUGAGACCGGGCAGUCCCUCACUGCGCUGCGUCACAUCGCUGAAUGCUGUGACCAGCAGGUCCACUAACUUUCCCCCCAGAGCAGCGGAGCAGCUGUGUGCUGCUCCUCUCCUCCGAGGUGGUUUACUGUCCAUCACACUGUCGCAUCUUAUCCUAUGACAUCACACCGCUGAGUCCGCACAACCGCUCCUCUGGUUGUUUGUGUCGUGGAGCGAGUGGCGCAUAUGUUCACGCUGGACAAGGUUUUAGAAUAAGCGGGAUUUGUUUUGGGCUUUUGUCCACGAUGUAAAUCCUCGGCCGGUCGUCUCAAAAACACUGUUUUCUGUUUGGCUUCUUCGCUUUUGUCUGAAUCAAUAAAAUUAUUUUUGAUAAGGA